UCUUGCAAGGACAUUUCCGGUUUGGUUCUUAUUAUCCGGCGUUGUAAGUGGUUUGAUCUUUACAGGUAGCCGAUCAUAGAGAGCUUGUACUUAUCUGACGAUGCAGAGUGCAAAGAAUGUAGCGGCUUCUGCCAAGGAAACGGCGGCCAAUGUUGCUGCCAGCGCGGUAUCUGGAAAGGAGAAGGCCAAAGCCACCGUUCAAGAAAAGGCUGAAAAGGCAAGGGCUAAUAGUCCUGGGGAGAAGAGUCUGGCAACAGAGAUGAAACAUGAGAAGAAAAGGGAGGCUGAAGAGCACAAGCAAGAAGCCCAGGAAUAUAACGCAGCAAACAAAAACGCGGUCAAGGAGGCUGCGCAACACAAGCAAGAAACGGAUGGAGGAGCUAUCUGACAGACCAAUGUGGCAUUCUAUACUUUCCUUUUUCCUCUUCCUUUCCCAAUUGUGUAAUUUGUGUUGAAAUACAAUCAAAGUGAAUAGUUUUCUUCCAUUUUCUUUCUUGCACACUACAACCAGACUAGACGGCCUGUGACUCGUGAGUUCACGACUGGAAUUCGUCCCAAACCUGAAGUAUGCUUUUGGAAUCCUAAUCUCUAUAUGUUCUUGAAAUUCAUGUAUUAAUAAUUUCGAAUUUUAGUUCCAAGGGCCU